AUGCAACAAGCUCUCAUGCUUGUUGAUGAAGCUACUGAAUCUAAAUCUGAUGCAAUGCAACAAGCUCUCAUGCUUGUUGAUGAAUCUACUGAAUCUAAAUCUUUGAAUAAAAUACGAUCUCAACUAAUUAGAAAAUGUAAACGAGGAUUCAAAUUCAGUAAUGAUAAAUCAGUUAGACCUGCCUCUGAGACGGCAUUUGAGAUUUCACUCAAACCUGAAUUAAAUUUACCUGAAUUGAAAUUGUUAGAAAUAAAAUCUGGAUUUGAUAACGAAAUCAACCAUGAAAACGAUAUUUUUUACGACAAAAAUUUCACAGUGGCUGGAAAUUUCGGGGCUGAUUUGCAUUGGUUUUCUGCUUUUCUUAGAAUGUCAAGCAGAAAUCUUUUUAGAUUCUUGUAUCAACCAACUUCUAAGUUUAUUGACGACGUAAAAAAGGCAUUAAUGGAAAAUACAAAUUCUGAAAAAAUAGAAGCACUUUGUGAAGUCACAAAAAAUUAUGGUAACUUUUAUGCGCACAGACUUGUCUUUGGUAGUGCUACAUUCAAAACAGAAACUCGUAGUUUUAGCUCAGAGGAAGUUUCAAAGGAUAGUAAUGUUGAAUUGGAAGCUGGAGGUAGCUCUCAUAUGCAGAGUGUUGAUGUUAAAAUCACAUCCGGUACUAAAAAUGGAAUGAAGGGCCAUUAUAUAAAUAAAACGUUUAAAUCUGAAUCUAUUGGUGGUGAAGAUUAUACUGAGUGGGAAAUAAUUGGUGCAGUUGUUCAAUUUUUAAUUUCCAAAAAACUUGCAUAUUUAUUAAUAUCAUUUUUAAGUUCAUACUGUUUGUUAGUAUAUGGUAUUAUGAACCUUAAUAUUGUCGAUUUAAAAAUACCAGUUAAAUCUUUAAUAGAUACUUUUGUUGAAUUAUGGAACAUUGAUAUUUUCGAAAAAAUAUCACAAUAUCCUAAUGCAUUUAACCAUUUCUUUACAAUAUUUUUAUCACGUGGUUUAUCCACAUCUGAAACAAAAUUGAUAGAAAGUUUAGAUUUUGAUCAUCAAGAUAAUGAAAUAUAUUUUUGGAUUGAUGAAGAUGGAGGUAGAUUAACAAAAUAUAAUCGUGUUUCUCUUGAUUUAGAAUGUUUUAGUUAUUUAGAAAAACUUAAGAGACAAUAUGGUGGAAAUGAAGAAGGAUUAAAAGACAAAUUUCGAAGGAAAAAACAUAAUUAUUCAUUAAAAAUGUCAUCUCAAGAAAGUGGUUGUAACUGCGGUGAUUCUUGUAAAUGUGGAGCAACUUGUAAUUGCGGAAGUUCUCAAACAAAAACGACCGAUACUGCUCCAAAACGGGCUUUUGUCAUUAGAAAGAGAAAUGACAAUGCGUAUGUAUCUUUUGUGUGA